AUUGAAAAUUACAACACUUGCAUAAAAUACAAAUUCCAGCCAACUCACUGAACUCAACUUAUUUUCUCGACUAUUUCAUCAAAUUUUCCUUCAUUUUCUCACCAACCAAACACUCAAUCAAUCAAACAUGACAACUACAGAGACAGCAACAUCAUUAGCAACAGAAUUAGACGAAGAAGAAGAAGAAAAAUGGAAAUCAGUUUUAAGAAAGAUGUUACCCGCCGGUGCUCCGUUACCAGACGAAGAACACCUCGACUACUCAAUCGCCGUUGAAUAUCAAGGUCCUCCGCUUCCUUACGACGUCCCUCGCGUCGAUCCGCUUAAUCUAAAUCACGCUCCCGUCGUUACUCCGAUUACCGGUGAUGCUCAUACAACUCAUACUAAUAAUAUCCCUAAAUUUAACCGUUUCAGAACUGGAAAUUUGAAUUUUAAUUCGAGUUCGAGUUCGAGUUCAAGUAUGUUAGUUAAGAACAGAGAACUAAAUGAGGUAAAGAGUACGAGUGUAUUUAAAUCCGGUAAUCAUCCCGUUUUCUCGGAAACGGAUGAUGAUAAUGUUAUUUUUAAUGAUAAAGAUGAUGAUUAUGAUGAUGUUGAUGGUGAUGAGGGUUAUUCAUCAACGCAAUCGAGUGCUGCGUUUGAUGAUUCCGUGGCAGGGAGUGCCGCAGUUAUUGAGAAAUUGAAGAAGAAUAAGGAUAGGAAAAGAGGAGAGUGUAGUAGAUGUGGUAAGAGGAAUCGAUUGAAGGAGAGAGAGGCGUGUUUAGUGUGCGAUUCGAGGUAUUGUAGUAAUUGUUUACUUAAAGCUAUGGGAUCAAUGCCUGAAGGAAGGAAAUGUGUUGGUUGUAUUGGAUAUCCAAUUGAGGAAUCUAAGAGGUCUAGUUUAGGUAAGUGUUCGAGACUUUUGUCGAAAGUUUGCAGUUCUUUGGAAGUUAGACAGAUUAUGAGAGCUGAGAGAGAAUGUGGAGCUAAUCAAUUGAGACCUGAACAGUUGUUUUUGAAUGGGAGAGCGCUUACUCGUGAAGAAUUAGCUGAGGUUUUAGGGUGUCAGAAUCCGCCUUUGAAUUUAAAGCCGGGAAGGUAUUGGUAUGAUAAGGAUUCCGGCCUAUGGGGAAAGGAGGGAGAGAAGCCUGAUAGGAUUAUCAGUUCGAAACUUAAUGUUGGUGCUAAGCUUCUAGUGGAUGCUAGCAAUGGAAACACAAAUGUUUAUAUGAAUGGACGAGAAAUUACCAAGAUUGAGCUCAAAGUAUUGAAGCUGGCCAAGGUACAGUGCCCCAGUGAUACACAUUUUUGGGUAUAUGAUGAUGGAUCUUAUGAAGAAGAAGGCCAAAAUAAUAUAAAAGGAAAUAUAUGGGGAAAGGCAUCUACUCGUUUCGUUUGUUCAUUAUUUUCACUGCCUGUACCACCUGGGAAUUCUUUGGAGCCUAAAGACGAUCCAACUGCCUUUUCAGGUAGGUCAAUGCCUGAUUAUUUGGAUCAGGGCAGGGUCCAGAAACUUCUGUUACUUGGUUUGGAGGGAUCUGGAACCAGUACAAUCUUUAAGCAGGCAAAAUUUUUAUAUGGAAAUAAAUUCACUGUAGAAGAGCUGCAGAACAUCAAGCUUAUGAUUCAAAGUAACAUGUACAAAUAUCUUAGCAUAUUGCUUGAAGGACGAGAGAGGUUUGAAGAGGAAGCUUUAAUGGAAAGUGAGACUGGUACUUUAAAUCCUGAAGAAUCUUCUUCAGGUGACACAGGAACUGAGGUUAAUAAGCACUGUAUAUACUCCAUCAACCAAAGGUUUAAGUAUUUUUCUGAUUGGUUAUUGAAUAUCAUGGCUACUGGAGAUUUAGAUGCUUUUUUCCCUGCUGCAACUAGAGAGUAUGGUCCUAUUGUUGGUGAGGUCUGGAAGGAUCCCGCUAUUCAGGAAACAUACAAGAGAAGUGAUGAAUUGCAUCUUCCUGAUGUUGCCAAGUAUUUUCUAGAUAAGGCUGUUGAUAUUUCAAGUAAUGAAUAUGAACCUUCAGAGAAAGACAUUUUAUAUGCUGACGGAGUCACCCAGAGUAAUAGCCUUGCGUCCAUGGAAUUUUCAUUUGAUGAUAGAAGCCCAAUGUCCGAGAUUUACAAUGACGACUUUGAAUGUUUGCCUUCCUUUUCCAAGUUCCAACUAAUACGCAUAAAUUCCAAGGGAUUGCUUGAUGGUUGCAAAUGGAUAGAAAUGUUUGCAGACGUAAGAGGAGUUAUCUUCUGUGUCGCACUGAGCGACUAUGAUCAGAUGUGGACCAAUGGUCCAGGUUCUCAUUAUAAUAAAAUGCUCGCUACCAGAGACAUGUUUGAGAGCUUGGUGACCCAUCCCUGUUUUAGAGACGCUCCUUUCGUACUUUUAUUGAAUAAAUACGACGCGUUUGAGGACAAAAUCAACCAGGCUCCUUUAUCUUCUUGUGAAUGGUUUACAGACUUCAGCCCUUUGAAGGCUCAUCACAAUAGUCAGUCUCUGGCUCACCAAGCUUACUAUUAUGUGGCAAUGAAAUUUAAGGAGCUAUAUUCUUCGCUUACUGGCCGUAAGUUGUUUGUUUGCCAGACAAGAGCCCGUGAACGUAUCUCAGUUGACGAGGCAUUCAAGUAUGUAAGGGAGGUUCUUAAGUGGGAUGAAGAAAAAGACGAUAACAUGUACGGAAUGAACGGGGAUGAUUCAUUUUACAGUUCGUAAAUGGCCUCAGGCAGGUUGACAUUUUUAACUUGGAGAUUGGUGAGUUUUAUUUGACAAUUACAGAUCUCAUUAAAUAUUUCGAGAUUGAUUCGGGUUGGACGGAAUUCUUUCAUCUGUAAAUGUUUAUUAUCAUAAAAGCGAUCAUUUAUUAAAAAAUGACUGGUUAUCAAAUAAUUGAAGAGCCAAGAGCAAUUUAUUUAUUAUACUUAAAUGACAUUCAUAAAAUGUAUGUAAUGAAUUAUGAGUUCAACACACUCCGUUGGGCAGAAACUGAAUCAGUUUAUGUGAUUAUUCUAUUUUAUUGUUUGAA